AUGGUCGCAGGAUUUCCCUUCCCGCACAUCCACGAGCACCUGGAUCAUCUUCACAGUGACCCCAAUUUCCUGCCGGAUCCUGAUGGUUUGCAGUUCGUAGACUAUCCUCGCAUCGCAGCAAGUCCGCAUGGUCCCGCGUCGUCGCCACCCCCACCCCCCUACGAAAUCAUAUCUGAUUCUCUCUCUUAUCCCCACCCUCCGCGUGCGCUUCGUACAUCUUCUAAUACGGAUGCUGUGCCAGUAGCGGUGGCAGCGGGACCUUUUCCUCAGCAUUUUUUGAACGAUCUGGCCUUCUCCCCAGAUCCACUGAGCAAUCCUCACUUCAUCAUGACUCCCGACGAGCAGAUCUGUCCUGCCCCGUUGAUAUCACCUAACAUGCGCAACAUUCCUUUAUCGCUUCAGCCCGCUUGUGGUGCCCAUAUGGUGCAGCCCGAGCGGUUUUUCGGGUUACAGCCCGCGCCUUACGCGACGUCAGCUUCUCGUGCUAUGUCUCAUGGUGUUGCACCAUACGUGCACCUGCCCCCUAGGCCCCCUCCUACGUCAAGGACUCUUCCGCCUGCUGUCUCCGCUUCUUCCAUGUUUCCAAUCUAUCCUAUGUGGCGACCACCUGCUAUGUCGCCUUCAUCUAGUACAGAUUCCGAAUCUGAGUCAAUCGCCAGUAGUUGUUCCUCCCAUUCCCUACCUACGCCCGGAGCGUCCCCACCCUCUUCGACCUCGUCCUCGAAUUCAUCUCCCCUUGAACCCUCUACGCCUCCAUCUUCAACCAUCCCGACUCCGUUUCAUGCGCAAGCGACCGAGGAUAAAUCGCUUUCUCCUAUCUCCUCUACUGUAGGCGUUUCAGCGACAAGCCAAACUUCUACCCUUCCACGUUCGUCGUCUCCAGCACCGCCUCCCCGUACAUUAGGCAAAGACGAUGUAUCUGCCUCUUCACAUCGUAGCACUGUUGCCAUAGCUGCGCUCCCUCCAGAGAUUCUGUCGCGCAAUAACUCAGCACCUGAACAACGUACACAUUUCUCCCCUGCACUCGGAGUCUUGAAUCGCUCAGUCACGGCGCCGACUCGUGCACCAGGGCGGAAACCCGAGCUGCCAACUCACACGCGCAGCCAAUCGCAAACACAUGCCCAUGAUCAGCGUGGGCGAAGCAUACAGCAAAACUCCACUCAGAGUAUCCAGCGUACACGUAGCCGACGUCCAAGUGUUAGUGCUCCGCGCGACCUCGACCGCAUUGACGAGCUUGAUGAAACUGAUCCUCGAGGCCUUGCGUGGCACCAUGGUGGACCGUAUGAAGCAGCACGCUCUAUGAGUCAGAGAAAAGCGGAUGCCGAUUGCGCUAUAUCGGAUCUGCUGAUGCACGGAAGUCAGAGUGCAGGGAGAGGACGGCGGGCUACGCACAAGUCCUCAAUGCCGUCGCUCAGUGUCGAGCCUGGGCAGAUUUUUCCUUCGGCUGCACUAUACCAAGCAGUUCAAGCGCCUUAUCUACAAUCACAACCAUCAGCUCAAGCAUACCAUUCGUCUCCGGGUUCCGUCAAACCUCAGGAUCACAGGCAAUAUCUUGCGGAUCAGCAACAAGUGGAACAUGCGCAUGAAGUAUCUCCUUUGCCUGGACAGAUGGCUUCACGGCAUUUAUAUCCUCGUCAAGAAAUGCAAAGUGCGCCAACUCAAGCUCCCUAUGAGCGGGCUUCUACCAUCCCGAUGGUUUCCGUCCCACCCACCUUCGACUCCACUCUCCGACCACCAUUACAGCAGCGUCCGUCUCAGAGAUCUCAUGUUCGGUUCGAAUCUCCCACUCGGCCCGAAGUACGACCUCCCGCAGAUCAAGGUUCAGUAGAUGAAAACCCGUACGAUGGGUGCGAAAUUGACGAACCGAUUAUUAUGACGCUCGCACCUCGGGUUCUAGAAUCCGUUCAACGCGCCUCUCCACGACCAUAUGCCGCGGUAUCCGGCGACCGCCAUCAGUCUCCUCGCCAAGUCAAUGCGCGGCCUAUUACCAUGUCUCAUGCACAGGGAGAGAGUGAAUUGCAGAAUGAGCCCAUUACUCGCACUCCUGCCACUUCGCUCCCCAAACCAGACGCUUCUCUUCUGCCUCGCCAUCCUGCGCCCAGUGUGCAAUCGCAAGCUUCGCUACCUCCACGUCACAUUCCAAAGCAACUUGUGAUGCCUACUCCGCUUCGGCCAUUGGAGGAUAGACGAAAGGCUGGCGCUGCGCUGCAGGCCCAACAACAAUCCAAGAGCACUCGUUCAGAGGACGAACACGGUGUACGUGAUGGCCACAUUCACAGGAAUGGACAGAUGCUGCAACAUGAGACACCGAAGUCCGCUCAGCGAGUUAGUUCAAGCCAGACGCCUACCAAUCAUGCAAGCCAAGGUCGCGCUCAGGCCAUACCGAUCUCUGCAGGACCCAAUCUGUUACGCAAGCGAGGUUCUACCACUACUUCUAAACCUGCGGGUGAUGUUCCAGCUUCCAGUGGUAGUGCGGCCUUGUUCGCUGCUCAAGUUGUUCAACCUUCCCAUGGUGUGGGGAAGAGUAAGGUCGUCGAGAAGAUGGCAACGGCGGUCUGGUCCAAGGACGACGUCCGGAAGGAACCAAGGGCACAGAUUUUAAAGGAGAAAAAAGUCGGGCGAAAAUUGAGCAAGCUCACUAGGACAUGA